CUCCCCGCCACCGCCGGCCGCACCCUUCACGGUCCGUCCAUGUCCCUGCCCGUGGUGCUCCCGGGCUCCUGCUGCCCCGUGGCUGGGCUUUCGGGUGGGCCGCAGACCGGGGGCCCGGGCGCCGCCGCCGCCGCCGCCCAGGAGCCGCCGCUGCCCCCGCUGCGGCCGCGCUGGCCCCGGGGCGCGCUGCAGCCCCCGUCGCGGCCUCGCUGCGGGGCCACCGCUGCCGCCGGGGUUCUGGCCGCGCCGCCGGCGCUCUCCUCCCGCCGGGCAGCCGCCGCCGCUGCCGCCGCGGCCCCGGGCUCUGCGCUACUGCCCGCCCGCCCGCUGCUGUCACUCGGGCUGCUGCAGCUGAUCCUGGGCUGCUGCAUGGUGGCGCUCAGCUUCGGGGCGCUGUCGCUGAGCAGCUCUCCGCAGGUGAAGAACUCGUGCCCGUUCUGGGCCGGCUCCUCGGUGAUACUCUCUGGAAUCAUAGGAUUAACAACUUGGAAAAGGCCUAUGAUACUCCUGGUAAACCUCUUUGUGCUGCUGUCUGUGGUUUGCGUCCUCUUAAAUCUAGCUGGAUUUAUCCUAGGCUGCCAAGGGGCCCAGUUUGUGUCCAGCGUCCCCAGGUGUGAUCUGGUGGACUUAGGUGAAGGCAAGAUUUGCUUCUGUUGUGAAGAAUUUCAACCAGCCAAGUGCACAGACAAAGAAAACGCCUUGAAACUCUUUCCAGUUCAGCCCUGUAGUGCUGUUCACCUUCUACUUAAGAAAGUCCUCUUUGCCCUGUGUGCCUUGAAUGCCCUGACCACCACCGUCUGCUUGGUGGCCGCCGCCCUCCGCUACCUCCAGAUAUUCGCAACCAGGAGAUCCUGCAUCGAUGAAUCCCAGAUUUCUGCUGAAGAAGUGGAGGAUCAUGGACGCAUCCCGGACCCUGAUGAUUUUGUGCCGCCUGUGCCUCCCCCUUCCUAUUUUGCCACAUUUUACUCGUGCACACCCCGGAUGAACCGCAGGAUGGUUGGUCCUGAUGUUAUUCCCCUGCCACACAUCUACGGAGCUCGAAUCAAAGGUGUGGAAGUGUUCUGUCCUUUGGAUCCCCCGCCGCCGUAUGAAGCUGUGGUGAGCCAGAUGGACCAGGAGCAGGGAUCUUCAUUCCAAAUGGCAGAAGGAUCAGAAGCUGCUAUGAUCCCACUGGAUCCGGGCUGCACACAAGUGACUCAAGGUGGGGCCAUUCCUAACAUACCUGCAGAAGAAAACGCAUCCAUGUCAACUCCCAGUUCAACCCUGGUGCGUCCUGUGAGAAGCCGGAGAGCCCUCCCACCCCUGAGGACGAGGUCAAAGAGUGACCCUGUGCUCCAUCAUUCCGAGGACAGAGCUGCCCCGGUGCUCAGCUGUGAAGCUGCGACACAGACUGAAAGGAGACUGGAUCUGGCUGCGGUGACUCUGAGGAGAGGCUUGAGAUCGAGGGCUUCGCGAGGCAGACCGCGGUCUUUGAUAGAUUACAAAUCCUACCUGGACACCAAGCUGCUGGUGGCGAGGUUCCUGGAGCAGUCCUCCUGUACCAUGACCCCAGACAUCCAUGAACUUGUAGAAAACAUUAAAUCUGUUUUGAAGUCUGAUGAGGAGCACAUGGAGGAAGCCAUCACAAGUGCCAGUUUCCUAGAACAGAUAAUGGCCCCAUUGCAACCCAGCACAUCCAGGGCCCGCACGCUGCCCUCGCGGAGACAGCCUGGCCUGCUGCACCUCCAGAGCUGCGGCGACCUGAGCACCUUCGCACCGGCGGGGAGGCCCCGAGCCGAGAGGAGGUCCCGGCGAGUGGAGGCUGAGCGGCCACACAGCCUCAUUGGGGUCAUCCGAGAGACUGUCCUGUGAACCCUGGAAGACAGAAGGCCACGCCAAGGGAAAGGAUCCACCUCCUCUCUGCCAUUUCCUGCCUGGGAGCUGGGUCCCCCUCAAAAAAAGGAGCACUCUGGAGGACACGUUUUCCCACCUGUUGGCUCCCGUGUCUGCUGACCGAGGACAUUCAGGAGUAAAUGCACAGGUCGGUCCAGGCCCGUCUGGGUUUGGGAUGCACGGCGUUGGAGGUUAUGAAAGCGUUGAUCCUCUCCUUCCCCUGCUGGGCCUCGCGGCAUUCCCAAGGGUCACAUGCCCUGGCACGGGCAGAAACUGGGCUAAUGAUUCUUUGCCCGCCUCACCCCUCGCGUCUCUCUUUGUUGCUAAGUUCUUUCCCUCUUGGAAGGACAGAUCUGCCUGACCGCUAUUUAUAGCUGCCUGUGGCCUUUCACUGCUCUGUGAAUUGGCAGGCAAUAAGGCGAUUAACCCUAUGUGUCCACAAGCCUCAAGCCUUGUUUCAGGUCACCCUCAAAUCACACUUUCUUUAGGCAAAACCAGAAACUUUUUAAGUGACAAAUUUUAAUGCCAGACAUUUAAGGAGAGGAUUAUUGUUGAUUCCAUUUACUCAUGCUUGCAAAACUAGAUACCCCUAAGGCAGAACUGAGAAUAAAAAUGUUUACUUUGGGCCACUGGGCUUGAUGUGUAAUAUUUGUUUACACUUAGGUAGCCAGGCCUUACCGUACAGAGGGCUGGGAACUUGGAACUGUGGUGGUCAGGCUCACUGGGCAGGCCACUGAACCGGUUUAAUUU